AUGGACCCCUCACCCUCCAAGAACCAUCACCACAUUGUCUACCUCCAGGGAGAUUUCAUCCAAACCCCCGAUUUUCAGCUUCCGGACCCACAUUCGUACACCAGCACGAUCUACCCCCAAACGACACUCGCGGAAGUGCACGAUCGGAUCCACGAUGCCUCCAUUAUUGUGCUCUCCGCCCUGAGGCUGGACGCCACCGCACUGUCUCCGGAAGUGUCCCCAAACCUGAAGCUCAUUGUCGCCGUAGCCACGGGCUACGAUUGCAUCGACCUGGACGCGUGCCGCGCAAGAGGCAUUGUCGUGUGCAAUACCCCUAAUUGCAAUGUGGAGGCUGUAUCCGAACAUGCUAUUGGACUGUAUUUCACCACGCGGCGGAAGAUGCUCGACCUGCAUACCUUGACGAGGGCCGGGGAAUGGCCCCGAAAAAGGACACUGAUGUUCCAGAUGCUCGACAGGAAUAAGGCACCCCCGCUAUCUUGCCAGGACGAGGUUGCUGGGAUUAUUGGGAAUGGAGGCGUUGGGAAAAAAAUCGCCGCGAUCGCACGCAACCUGGGAAUGAAGGUUCUGAUUUCUGGGCGCAAAAGCACAAAUGGGUCUGAUGUACCCACCCAGACUCACAAUGGACAACCCGAGAGACUCCCAUUCGACACGGUGAUCAAGCAGAGCACCGUACUCUUCCUAGCCGUGCCGCUGAUGGAUUCUACCCGGAAUCUUCUCUCCACCGCUGAAUUCGAGGCCAUGUCACCACGGACCAUCAUCGUCAAUGUCUCCCGUGGGGGCAUUGUCGACGAAGAGGCGCUUGUUCAGGCUUUGCACGAGGGCCAGAUUGCUGGCGCGGCCACCGACGUGUUUGGACAAGAACCUGCUGGACCGGAAAAUUCGCCUCUCCUUGCGGAGGACACCAAGGAUCUUAAUUUGGUUGUCACUCCUCACCUUGCUUGGCUGGCACAGAAGACAUUGGACAACUACUCAGCGACACUGAAAAGGGCAGUCGAAGGAUGGUGUGCGGGACAGCCGAUUAAUGUCGUCGUGUGA